AUGUCUAAAAAUAUUAAAAAUGUUUGUCCAAAAGUUCUUCAAAUCCCAAGUGGUUCAGGAGAACUUGACAGAAUACAAGGAAUUAUUAAUACUCUAAGUGCCGAUAAGAAAAAAUUACAAGAAGAAAUAGAACUUUUAAAAUCGAACAAUCCUCUGUUAGAACAAGAAAACCAAGACUUAAAAAAUACAAAUGAUACUUUAAAAAAAGAAAACGACAGAUUAAACAAAAAAAAUGAAGAAUUAAAAAAUGAAAUUAAACCGCUUACCGAUAAAAUCCAUGAUUUAGAAGAAGAAAAUAAAAAAAUUAAAGCGGAAAAUGAAGAAAAUACAAAAGAAAAUUUGA